AUGAGCAAUGAGGUGGUCAGCUUCGAUUAUCUUAAGGAGUUGUAUGUUAAGGAUGAGGACUUCAAGGAUGCGUGGUUGAAGUGCCAAGAAGGUCAUCCUAAUGACCUACACAUGCAAGACGAUUUCCUCUUCAAAGGAAAUCGAUUGUACAUCCCCCAAAGUUCUCUGAGGGAGCAUAUUUUUCAGGAGCUAUAUGAAGGUGGCCUUGGCGGACACUUUAGGAGAGACAAGUCACGAGCUCUUGUGGAGGAGCAGUAUUACUACCCACAAUUGGUACGUGAUGCAGGAAAAGUAGUGCAACGUUGUUAUGUUUGUCAGACCUUCAAGGGGCAGUCUACGAAUACGGGCCUCUACACCUCGUUACCUGUGCCGGACAACCCUUAG